AUUCAGAAUACGCACACGGGGCUGGAUUUGUCAGUGCCGGAAUACCAGGAAAUCCGUGGGAAGAUGAUGUCUGGCCAUGUAGAGUAUCACAUUGUCGUCGUUACCCGGCUGGCUGCCUUCAAAUCAGCAAAGCACAAGCCUGAAGAUGUAGUUCAAUUUAUGGUUUCCAAGAAGUACAGCGAGAUAGAGGAGCUCUACCAGAGACUGGCAGCACGAUAUCCACAGGCUUCUCUUCCGCACUUCCCUAGAAAAGUUCUCUUCGUGGGGGAAUCUGACAUCUGUGAACGAAGAGCUAUGUUCAAUAAUAUCAUGAAAUUCAUCUCAAAAGAUGAGGAUCUAGCAACGAGUCCUGAGUUACUGGAAUUUUUAGGAACAAAAUCUACUAGUGCCAUUGACUUCAAGGGUAAAAACAUUCCUGAUGACAAGGACAAAGAACACGAAGAAAAUGAGGCAUUGGAUUUUUUCAAAGAGGAGAAGACACCUGACUUGAUCUCACAGCUUUCAUCAGUGGAAAAUGCCAAAAAAGGGGAGAAAAAGGAUGAGCAAGAGGAGGAAGAAGAGGAAGAAGAUUUAGACCCUCUUGGUAUAAUCAGGAGCGUAAAGACUAAAAGAGCCAACAUUUCAAUCACAAUAUUCACAAAUAGACUUUUCUUUCCUUCUUCUGUUACCUGA